ACGUUCCUUUUCUGCACCGCGGCUGUUGACGGAAACUACCAUGCACUGCCUCGUUGCUGAGGCCCCCAUCCAUGCCCGCCUGAGGACUUUAGCACUCUCUUGUCCGCCCUGAAUUGUCCGCUCCAUAUGUUCCAUGGAGUUCGGCACGCCGACACGCUGCAACCCACCAACCAUGCCUACCGCCCUUGCCGAUAUCCGCUACAAUGACAUAAUACAACCCUCCGACAACAGCUCCCCCUCCGACGACGAAACGGGCCCCUCCACCGAAUACCCCGCUCAGGAUGCCCAGUCGCUCGUCGGCUUCAGCAUUGGUCAUGCUCAGUCGCACUACACUUCGCCCACCACCCCGGCGGCCGAGAAGGCCGCCGCCAUGGACGACGUCGAGGGGGGGCCGCUGGGGCAGGACAGGCAGAACGAACUGGACGUGAUAACGGAGAGGCAGAUAUGGGAGUCGACCGGUCCGCCGACACCCAAGUCGCAGGAGCUGGGCACACCGGGCACGCCGGGCACUCCCGCUCUGGGCCGGCAGGCAGAGGUACCGACAAUACAAGAACCAAAACAGAGGUUACCAUCCCCGUGGCGCGCCGGUCCCAAGAGCUUCCAGCGCACCGAUGGCGUGCGAUUGUCUCUACGUGACAGCCUCACCGGGCACCGACGGCGAGCAUCGUGGGGUGCCAACACUGAGGCUCUCCGAAAGCGCCUGACAUCGGCCAUGCCCUCCAUGCCUUCCAUUCCAAUGCCCAAGAGCCCAAACCUGCUGAACUUUUCCUUUCCGGGCUUGUCGAACAACCACAAUUCCGAGUCCAAGUUUGGCACGGAUGGCACGACUAGCUCGCGGCCCCGGCGGUCGCAAACCCUGAUUCCGAGCCCGAAGCCAGAUAUGUCAUCGAGCUCGGAGACGUUGACGUCUGGACGACCGGGUUCCAACAGACGCUCGACGAUACAAAACGUCCGACACGACGACCAGCAGUCGGAAACACCGUCCAAUGGGUCAAACGAGGACAGCCACAAUCUGUCGAUCAACAGGCAGGUGUCCCACGACCGCCGGUUGCGGCGGACGGCCUCGGACGAGUCUUUGGCGCUCAGUCGGUCGUUGUCGCGGGCAUCGUCGCUGGGGGAUGACAGCCGGUUCGAGCACGUCCAAGAGCAGGUCAACAGCAGGGUCAAGGCCAUCAAAGAUAGCUGGCAAGACGCAAACUUUAAGUUUAUACCAUCGAUGCCGAACCUCGGCAUAUCAUCAUCACUGACCGAUCUCACGCGCGGACGCUCGACGUCGAUUAAAGGUGACGGCCAUCAGAGAAAAAGAGCGCCCAGCUCGCUGACUAUAAAUCGUGAUUCCAUUCCCCUGCCAAAAAAGAGCCCGCGACAGGGCACGGCGGGCAUGUCGGGCUCAAACGCGGCGCAUCACCCGCACUUUACCAAAGCGGUGCAGGACGUCACGGGCGACGUGGUGAUCCUGGGAGGGUAUCGAGGCUCGAUCCUGCGCAGCGCCGAGCCACCGCACAGGCAGCUGUGGGUGCCGAUCAAGGUCGGGCUAAACCUGCGCAAGGUCGAUCUGGAGGUGGGGUUGAACGCCGAGGACGAGGAAACAAUGGAGGAACGCGUGAUCCCGGGGGGGAUGCUCACGCACAUUGGGCCGGUCGACAUUGCGCGCCGGCUGUUCAAACGGCUGCGCGCAUCCGACAACGCCAAGAACGGCGACCUGCGCGUCCACGACUACGGUUACGAUUGGCGCCUCAGCCCGCACCUGCUUUCGCGCAAGUUGAUCGCCUUUCUGGAGUCGCUGCCCUGCAACCAGCCAGGCGUCGCGCCCGAGAAGCGCGGCGCCAUUGUCAUCGCCCACAGCCUGGGCGGUCUCAUCACCCGCCACGCCGUUAACCAACGCCCCGAGCUGUUCGCCGGUGUCAUCUACGCCGGCACGCCCACGACGUGCGUCAACAUCCUCGGCCCGCUGCGCAAUGGCGACGACGUCCUCCUCAGCUCGCGCGUCCUCACCGCCCAGGUCAACUUCACCAUCCGCACAAGCUUCGCCCUGCUCCCGCUCGAGGGCAAGUGCUUCUUCGACAAGAACACCAAGGAAGAAUACCCGGUAGAUUUCUUCGACGUCAAGACGUGGAUCGACAACGCCCUGUCGCCGUGCGUGGCGCCGGCGCUGCCGGCCCUGACUGCGCCCCCGCCGACGGGCAUGGCCGGCAUCGUCAGCAGCAUGGCCAGCGUGCUGCCGAACAUCCCGGGCAUUGGGCGCAAGGGCUCCGUCUCCAAGACGGGCCACAGCCCCAGCAGCAGCAUGUUCGGCUUCAACACGAGCAGCGAGGACGCGAAAGCGCGGGAGGCGUCAGCGGCGAAGACGGCGCGCGCGGAGGCGGAAGCCGAAGGCGGCGCCGCAAACUCGGGCAUGGCGCCGCAGAUGGGCAAUAACUCGCACCACCAACAGCAGCAGCAGCAGCAGCAGCAACAACAACAACAGGCCUCGGCUGCCACGACGACAACCGCAAACGGCGAGCACUGCCGCAGCCGCAGCAGCAGCGAGUUCGGCUCCACGGGCAACAACGUCGCCACGGCCGUCACGCUCCCGCGCGACAAAGCGCUCGCGUACCUCACGCGCACGCUCGCCGAAGUCAAAACCUUCAAGCAACAGCUCGCGCACCAGCCCGCUCUCUCGGCGCAAAACGCGUAUCCCCCCACGGCCGUCAUCUACGGCAAGAGCAUCCCGACGGUGUACGGCGCGCGGGUGGCAGGGCGCGAGGCCAUCCGCCGCGCGGACGCGUACGACGAGCUCGCGUUUGCGAGUGGGGAUGGCGUCGUCCUUGCUAGGGCCGCCAUGCUUCCCGAGGGGUAUAGCGUUAUGAAGGGGGGCGUGGUCAGCAGUGAUCGUGGGCAUGUGACGCUGUUGGGGGAUCUGGAGGCUGUGGGAAGGUGCUUGGGCGCUGUGGUUGCGGGACGGAGGGGGGGCGUGGGACUGGGUGCUGGUGGUAGGGGGGAGGAGGGGGGCUCUGUUGGUGGGGGAGGGGGAGAGGGCGAGGGCGUGGGCUUGGGGCUUGGUGCGGCGGCGUAAGGUCGUGUUUGUGAUUUCUGGAGGUGCGAUUGAUAUCCCUGGACGGAUGGAUGGAUGGAUAGAUGGACGGAUGAACAGGCGGACGGGCGGGCGGAUGAGUAGGAAUGAGUAACAUAGCAAACAGAGCGCCAGGCUACGGCCGGGGCAAGGGGGAAAGAAGGGAAAGGCUUUUUGCGUUUUUUAACUGGACUGGAUCGCGCUGUGUACCGCGCUGUUGCACUGCAUUCUAGGUGUGGAUGUGUGUGGGUGGGUUUUUUGUGCCAUGGGAUGGUGGGAUGGCUGGAUGGAUGGACGGCGGGGGGGCCGGGGAGCAUAUAGCAUAUCAUGGCGUCCAGCUUGAACGGAUGGGAUGGGAUGGGAUGGGAUAGGAUAGGACGGAACUGGG